AUGAGGAUGGAUGCUGCUGAAGCCGAGGACAACGCCAAAGGAGCGGGGGACCAGGAGAGCGCCAACAAUGCGGAGGCGACAACAAAAACAGAGGGAGGUACGGAAGGCGUACUUGCUACUCCCCAAAAGAAAGACGAGCCAUCAGGUCCUCCUGAAGAACUGGAGAAAGGCAGUGAAAACCGCCCUGUAUCCGAUGAUACCGCGUACGUGGCAGAAGGUGGUGACCCGGCCCCAGACAGCGACGCUAUGGAUGUGAGCGGCAACGCUCCCUUCAAAAGGCCGCUAGACGCCACCGACGGCAAAGCAACUCCUAAGAAUCACGCCGACGGGCCGCCUGCAAAGUCAACUAUGAUAAGAAGGAGCAGCUUCAAGCCCUGUCCAAACAUCCCUCGGGACAGGAAGGAGGGCGACAAGCCACCACCAACUACGGACCAUGCCAGACCACCGGACGGUCCCGGGGGCGUCUAG